AUGCUUUCUGAUUUUUGUAUUUUUUUGUAUUUUCCGUUUAUUCUGAUUUUUUGUAUUUUUCAGAAUUUAUUGUAUUUAUUGUUUCCGGAAGGUUUUAAAAUAUUUUUGUAUUUUCCGGAAAAUUUUUGUAUUUUUCUUCCGGAAAAUUUUUGUAUUUUUCUUCCGGAAAAUUUUUGUAUUUUUCUUCCGGAAAAUUUUUGUAUUUUUCUUCCGGAAAAUUUUUGUAUUUUUCUUCCGGAAAAUUUUUGUAUUUUUCUUCCGGAAAAUUUUUGUAUUUUUCUUCCGGAAAAUUUUUGUAUUUUUCUUCCGGAAAAUUUUUGUAUUUUUCUUCCGGAAAAUUUUUGUAUUUUUCUUCCGGAAAAUUUUUGUAUUUUUCUUCCGGAAAAUUUUUGUAUUUUUCUUCCGGAAAAUUUUUGUAUUUUUCUUCCGGAAAAUUUUUGUAUUUUUCUUCCGGAAAGUUUUUGUAUUUUACUUCCGGAAAGUUUUUGUAUUUUACUUCCGGAAAGUUUUUGUAUUUUACUUCCGGAAAGUGUUUUUUCGUAUUUUACUUUAAUUUUUGUAUUUUUUCGUAUUUUAUUUUUGUAUUUUUUUUAUUUAAUUAGAAAAUUAACAACAACAGAAAAACACAUUUAUACACAAACAGAAAUAUAUCCCACUCAACAACAAUCAGAAUUAAUUACAAAUUAUAAUCAAAAUAAUAAUUUAAUAAUAAAUACACAACAAUAUUUAUCAAAUCAAGAAGAAGAAAAUAAUAAUAAUUUUAAUAAUUCUUUUAAUAAUAAUAAUAUUUGUUAUCAAACAGUAGAAGAAUCUACACAAACUUUUUAUGGUUCUUGUUGUUGUUCUUCUUCAUUUGAUUUAAUUGAUGGAGUUGUUGAUAUGGGGGGAGGGGGAAGUCUAUUGCGCAAUAAUGGCUGGACACAAACACCCCCACUAUUCUCCUAUGAUCCUUAUUUUAGUAAUAAUUUAAUGGAAAUGCAAAGUACAAGUGUACAAACGGAUACAAUAAUACCUUCAAUUUGGAAUUUGUGA